AUGUGCCUGUUUUUGGUGACUAACUCGGAUGUCUCUUGUCUCCUGCCGCGUUCGGAAUCAGACCUGUCGUUACGGCUUACAAGCCUGCAGAACCAGAACGAGCUGCUCGACAAAGGCUAUCAGCAAGGAGGCGCGCUGAAUAAGAAGAAGAAAAAGAAGCGGAGACACAGGACCAUUUUCACCAGCUACCAGGUAGAAGAGCUGGAGAAGGCAUUCAAGGAGGCACACUAUCCAGACGUCUACGCCAGGGAGAUGCUGUCCCUGAAGACUGACCUGCCCGAAGACCGGAUACAGGUAGGAUUACAGAGCCAUAUGCCUUAG